AACAACUACCUUACAAUUUCCCUUUCAGACGCCACUGUGCCAGGUGAUCACUUCGAGCGCGCCCGUAAGAGACAGCUACUGCAUCAGAUCAUACACUACUCCACCGCCAUGCCGUUCCGGAGAGCCGCCAACAUUUACAAGUGCUUCUACUGCUACAAGAACAUUAACAAGGCCAGCGACCUUCGGGAACACCACGACACCCACGACGACGACGGACUCAAGUUCAGAACCGUCAAGAGAUGCGCCAUCCAGUUCCCGACCUGCCUGGACAUCUCCGAUCUCAGGUGUAAGCUGUGCCACAUGGACUAUGACGACUUAAAGACAUUCCUCAUCCAUCUGCAAGAAGACCAUAAGAAAAUAUUCUCCAUCGAAGCGACGAAACACAUUGAAUGCUACAAAAUAUCCGACGGCAACAUGAAAUGUCUAAUCUGCGACGAAACCUUCGAGUACUUCUACCCCCUUCUGAUUCACACGGUGAGAUCGCACAGGGAAAGCGUGCUGAAAUGCGAAACGUGCGGCCAGAGCUUCAGCAGCAAAUACGGUCUCAAAAAACACCAGACAACCCACGACACUCCAGAAAUCUACCAAUGCAGACAUUGCGAGAAGUCAUUCACAUCGACGCAUAAUAGGCGGGAGCACGAAAAGAGGAUUCAUGACGAGAAGGCGAGGAAGUGCCAUAUCUGUGGGGAGAUACUAGGCAGCACAUUCAAGAAGGCAAUGCACUUGGAGAACGUCCACAACGUGAUGGGCGAGUUCAAAUGCGAAACCUGCCCGAAAACCUUCCGGCUUCGCAACCAUUUAGUUAGCCACGUUCAGCGCGUACAUCUCAAGGAGAGGAACAAAGUCUGCAUGGUCUGCGGCGACAAGUUCUACAAUAACAAUUUGCUUAAAUUGCACAUGGUGAGACACAGCGACGAAAAGCCGUUCGAGUGCGAGAUAUGCAAUAAGAAAUUCACGAGGAAAAAGGGUUUGGAUAUUCAUGUGCGUACGCAUACUGGCGACAAGAGAUGCGUGUGUCAGAUGUGCGGGGCGGCGUUUGUGCAGACGUCGAGCUUGAAGCUGCACCUGAGAGUGCAUCAUGGGAUAGAGAAAAAGACGGAGCCGAACUGAAGUUUUGACUGACAAAAUAUAGGCAUAGUGCAUAUUUUGAUAGGUACCUAUAACACAAUAAAUAAUAGUACUAGUUACAGAAGACUCACUCUAACAAAGCGCUUCCGUUACGAUCAGGGCUCUAUUUCACCAAAGUGACAAAUGUCGCAUUUGUCGACAUCACUGGUACUGACGUCACAGGCCUCCAUAGGCUACGGUAACCGCUUACCAUCAGACGGGCGGUGUGGUUGUUUGCCACCAACAUGUUAAUUUAAAAAAAACUCCACUAUAUCGCCAGUAAAUAAGUACUUAUUUUGCGAAGCUAAUGACAAUUGUCACAAGAAAUACGACAAUUGUCACGAAAUUCCGACACAGAACUCAUUUGCUGUCAAGAAUUACCGAAAGUUCUUUGAAAUCUUGUGACAAUUGUCAUCAUUAUCAUCAUAAACAUCACAAGAGAAAUAGCUGUUUUUUGCCGAUAUAGUAAAGUUUUUAUAAAUAAUACAGUGAUGGUGACAAACAGGAAUACGGCCCGCCCGAUGGUAAGCGAUAGCCGUAGCCCAUGGAUGCCUGUGACGUCAGCAACAAUGAGACUUGUCGAAUUGUCGCACCUGUCACGUUGGUGAAAUAGGGGCCAGGACAGAUAUGGCCGCUAGGUAGCGACAGCGCCACGCGCGGCUUAUGGCUAGCCACCAAAAUUGGUGUGGAACGGAUGUACUUUUAGCUACCUGUAGCAAAGCGACGAAAUCGCGGAGUGAGCCACGCCUGCCUAUAAGUAAAUUUGUGGGUAGAAAAUUGUUUAAGUACUUUAAUUGUUAAGUAUACAAAAUUGAGAGGCUUGCAUGCAGCUUGCAAUGUACAGCAAGUAUGCUUGCGCAUUCGCUGGAUCUGGGCGCAUCUUCAAGAUUUAAUAUUUUCAAUAGAUUAUUCUGACGUCAUAAGUAUAUAAACUUGUUAGGUAUAUUAAGAACUCCUUCUGAUGAGCGUUUGAUCCGUGCAUAUAAUACUAAUUUAUAUUGCAUUGAACUAUUACUAUAAAUGUUGGGACAACGCGAGGAAAUGGGGUUGGCAACUGUCAAAGGUUUGCAUAGAUGGCGCCAUCAUAGCUUGCUCCUUUUUCUAUGAGAUUUGGCUUAAAGAACUGGCAUCCAGGGUAUCAAAA